AUGGGAGGAGACAACAACAGCUCCUUCAAAGGUUUCAUCCUGAUGGGCAUCUCUGACAAUCCCCAACUGGAGAUGAUCUUUUUUGUUGUUAUCCUGUUCUCCUACCUGUUAACCUUGGUGGGCAACUUGACCAUUAUCCUAAUAUCACGCCUAGAUGCCCGGCUUCACAUACCCAUGUAUUUUUUCCUCAGUAACCUCUCCACCCUUGACCUUGCCUUUAUCACAAGCUCAGUCCCUCAGAUGCUAUUGAAUCUGUGGGGACCAAACAAAACUAUCAGCUAUGGUGGUUGUAUAACUCAGUUAUAUGUCUUCCUCUGGCUGGGUUCCACUGAGGCUAUCCUGUUGCUUGUAAUGGCAUUUGAUCGCUAUGUAGCUGUUUGCCGGCCCCUGCAUUACAUGAUCAUCAUGAGUCCUCGGCUUUGCUGGCAGCUAGCUGCCAUUCCCUGGCUAGGUGGCCUGGGAAACUCCCUAAUUCAGUCAACAUUCACUCUGCAGCUCCCACUGUGUGAACAGGUAGUUGACAAUUUCCUCUGUGAAGUACCAGCUCUGAUCAAGUUGGCCUGUGGUGACAGAAGCCUCCAUGAGGCUGUACUCAAUGGUGUCUGUGCCUUCUUCACUGCAGUGCCCCUGAGCAUCAUCCUCAUCUCCUAUGGUCACAUUGCCCGGGCUGUUCUGAAGAUUCAAUCAGCUGAAGGCCGCCGUAAGGCCUUCAAUACUUGUGGCUCCCAUUUGAUAGUAGUAUUCCUCUUUUAUGGCUCAGCUAUUUAUGCCUAUCUAGUGCCAGCCAAGAGUAGUUCCCAAGACCAGGGCAAAUUCAUCUCUCUGUUUUAUUCAGUAGUCACACCCAUGGUGAAUCCCCUCAUCUACACUCUGAGGAACAAGGAAGUGAAGAGAGCAUUAAGGAAGUUGUUGGUAAAAGGGAGGGAGGAACAGUGA